CAUUUUUAUUACAUAUCUCCCACCCAGGUGUGUUUUGCUACUACAGUCUGUGUAGUAGGUCGCAGCACAUUCUUGGCUUUUAUGUUUGCUUGCAACAUAUUUUCUAGAAAAAAUAUUUGUAUCUCUAUUUCAUCUUUUGCUAUAAACUAUUCGUAAUUUUAUUGUAUUUGCUAUUGUAAUCAUCAUUGCGCUCAUCACAAACCAAACAAACAGGGGGCCCACAGUUGCAUAAUAACACAUGGUAGACAGACACACGCUACGUGGCGGCAGUACCUUGCGGAUAGCACUGCUGCUGGCGCCCGAUGUGGAUUUUGACGAGGAAACCCACGACGUGGAGCCAGAUUUCGGCAAAGUUUGGUUGACUGAUGCUACGGACACGUACUACUACGGCAUCAUCUCGAUCGGCACGCCCGCUCAAAACUUCACAGUGACCUUUGACACCGGUUCAGCAAACAUGUGGGUCCCAGGCGUGCGCUGCACGUCCAAGGCAUGUCUCCAGCACAACCGGUACGACCACGAUUUGUCCGCGAGCUACCAGCCCUUGAACGGACAGUUCGCUAUUCAGUACGGCACCGGCGAGGUGCGUGGGUUCACCAGCCAAGAUACAGUCAGGGUGGGUGGAAUCACAAUCAAGGACCAGCCGUUUGCCGAGACAACCAGCGAGGACGAAGUGUUCGAGCUUCCAGAUACGGAGUUUGAUGGCUUGUUUGGCAUGGCAUUCAAGUCCCUGGCAUCCGGAGGUCUGGUGCCGCCGAUGGUCAAAAUGAUCGAGGAAGGGCUUGUCGACGAGCCCGUAUUUGCUUUUGCUUUGUCGCAAGGCCACCGCUCCUUUGGCGAGCUGCUGCUGGGCGGAUAUAACGAGUUGCAUUACAAGGGCGAGCUCCGGUGGAUGCGCGUUACCCGCGCAAAGUAUUGGCAGGUCAGCAUGGAGGGCAUAUGUGGGCCCGUCCCCGAGUCGUCUGCGAUCAUGGACACGGGCACAUCAUUUUUGCUGGGCGACCCCAAUACCAUCCAGUUGAUCAGCCGCAUUAUCGGUGCCAACUUCCGCACUGGUGACAUGUCUUGCGCCCGCCUGCAGAACCUAAAAUCUAUCUGGAUUUCGCUCGGCGGAUUCAAAUUUGAGCUCUCACCUGAACACUACGUCUACCGCGAUGCAGAGAAAAAGACAUGCAGCUCGGCGUGGGUUCCCUCAUAUGACAGCCCAUUCUGGGUUCUGGGUGACUCGUUUUUGCGCGCGUACUACGCGGUUUUCGACAUGAAAGAAAAGAAGGUUGGUUUGGCACCCAUCAAUAUGCCGCUCAGGCACUACUGA